AUGAAGAAUCGUAGAAAAGGACCUGAAUUUAUUCAAGCGUUUAAAAAAGUCCUUCCAGAAGCCAUCGAACAUGCAUAUCGUCAUGCAGUACCUCAUGUUCAAAACUCAAUAACAAGAGUUAUUAAUAUAUGGGAUGAGCGAGAAGUAUUUGACCAUGAUUUUAUAGAUCAAUUAAGGGAAAAUUUGACAGGACAAAAAUCAAUUACAAAAACCAAAGAAGUACAACCAGAUCAAAGCAAUGAUUUGCCACCAAAUUUUAAUCGACCAGAAUUUAUCAAAUUAGCAACAACUACCAAAUCAAUAGUUGAUUUAGAAUUAGUUAUACAUGAGUCCAGUAAUAAGGUUUCUAAGUUUUGGACAGAAGUUAUGGAGGUUGAAGGUAUUGUUUUAAUGACGGUUAAGGGUUGA